CGUGUCGUUCACUUCCGCUGUCUUCUGCUGCCUUCCCAUGCCUGAUCAAACAUGGACGAGAAGAUUCAUAUAGAUCUGGAGGAUUUCUCCGAGGACCAGUUCAUGGAGCGUUUUAUUAAAGAGAUUCAGAGUGAAGAAGCCGUUUUCAUCCUCGGGAUAUUCGUGGCUUUAGCGCUCGUGGUCCUCACCGUCGUGUUCUUUGGUAAUUUUUGGGGCUCCAGUAAAGCGAGGAACGCUGUGCUGCUCCUGGGACUCUGUGACUCCGGGAAAACCCUUCUGUUCACUCGAUUGUUACUAGGAAGGUUUGUAAGAACUCAGACAUCCAUCACCGAGAGCAGUGCCACGUACAAGAGCAAGCACGACAGAGGCGGCAGCUGGACUCUUAUUGAUGUUCCCGGUCAUGAAAGUUUAAGAGUUCAGAUUGUGGAGAAGUACAAGGCCGUGGCUCGAGCCGUUGUGUUUGUGGUGGACAGCAGCAUCUUCCAGAAGGACGUCAGAGACGUGGCUGAGUUUCUGUACUCUAUCCUCACGGACAGCACUGUGGCCAAAAAUGCCCCGACACUCGUGGUAGCCUGCAACAAACAAGAUAUCACUAUGGCAAAAUCGGCUAAAAUAAUUCAGCAGCAGUUGGAGAAGGAGAUGAACACUCUGAGACUGACGCGUUCUGCAGCUCUCUCCUCUCAGGACGGGGCUGUUGGGGGCUCGGUGUAUCUCGGUAAGAAAGGCAAAGAUUUCGAGUUUUCUCAGCUGUCCAGUCGAGUGGAGUUCGUCGAGUGCAGCGCACGCGGAAACAAAGGAGAAGAUGGAGAUGCUGAUAUCGAUGCUCUGGAGAAGUGCCUGGCCAAGCUCUGAAGAGCUUACAUCUCAACAUCCAGAAAUAAACUAAUUCAUAAAUGUAUGUUUUCCCCCUUUCUUCAGCAUCCAAGAGAACACAGCAUGUCCUCACAGAUACAGCCCAUUGUGUAUUCAACCAGAUCAGUGUAUGUUGUAUGAAUGAAUCUUCUGUUGCCUUGGUGUUUUCACUUCAAUGCUCUUUCCGAGUUGAGCGAGGUCAACAUUUUACUUUUGUUGUAUUUUGUUUUGCUAGAGGCAAGCGUGAGUGUAAAUUAUAUUAAAGAUGGCUUAUGGCUGCUUGUUUUCA